AUGAGCGGCGGCAGGUUUGAUUUCGAUGAUGGAGGCGCCUAUUGCGGGGGCUGGGAGGGGGGCAAAGCCCACGGGCACGGCAUCUGCACCGGCCCCAAGGGCCAGGGCGAGUACUCGGGCUCCUGGAACUACGGCUUCGAGGUGGUGGGCAUAUACACGUGGCCCAGCGGCAACACCUACGAAGGCUACUGGUCCCAAGGCAAGAGGCACGGCCUGGGAAUCGAGACCAAAGGACGGUGGGUUUACAGAGGCGAGUGGACCCAUGGCUUUAAGGGACGGUACGGAGCGAGGCAGAGCAUGAGCAGCGGAGCCAAGUACGAGGGUACAUGGAACAAUGGCCUGCAGGAUGGCUACGGCACUGAGACCUACGCUGACGGAGGCACGUACCAGGGCCAGUUCACCAACGGCAUGCGGCACGGCUACGGCGUGCGGCAGAGCGUGCCCUACGGCAUGGCCUCGGUGGUGCGCUCCCCGCUGCGCACAUCGCUGUCCUCCCUGCGCAGCGAGCACAGCAAUGGCACCCUGCCCCAGCAGGACUCGCCCGCCGCCAACCCCGAGAGCCUGCCCCUCUCGCCCACCAUCACCCGCGGCGGCUUCGCCCUCAGCCUCUACGCGGACGCGGAGGCCGGCAAGCCCAAGAAAGGGGGGCUCUUCCGCAGGGGCUCCUUGCUGGGCAAGCUGAAGAAGUCCGAGUCCAAGUCAUCCCUGGCCAGCCAGAAGAGCCGCGUCAGCUUCCUCAAGAGCGAGAGCGGGAUCAGCUCGGCUGCCAGCGACGCCACCUCCACCGUCAGCCUGGGCGAGGGCGCCGAGGGCGAGGAGUACACCCCCUUCGAGUCCGACAUCGACGCCACCACCACCGAGACCUACAUGGGCGAGUGGAAGAACGACAAACGCGCCGGCUUCGGCGUCAGCGAGCGCUCCAGCGGGCUCAAGUACGAGGGGGAAUGGCUGGACAACCUGCGGCACGGCUACGGCUGCACCACGCUGCCCGACGGCAAGAAGGAGGAGGGCAAGUACCGCCACAAUGUGCUGGUGAAGGGCAUGAAGAAGCGUGUGUUACCCCUCAAGAGCGCCAAGAUCCGGCAGAAGGUGGACAGGAGCGUGGAGGGGGCUCAGAGGGCUGCGGCCAUCGCCCGGCAGAAGUCAGAGAUUGCAGCAUCCAGGACGGCUCAUGCCAAAGCCAAGGCUGAAGGGUCUGAGCAGGCAGCUCAGGCAGCCAACAACGAAUCAGGCAUAGCCAGAAUGAUGGCCAGGGAGCUCUCCCCAGACUUCUACCAGCCAGGCCCCGAGUACCAGAAGCGGAAGCUGCUGCAGGAGAUCAUCGAGAACGCGGAGCACGCGGUCAACAUGGAGGAGGAGGCGCCGCGGCCCGAGGCUGCCCCGCCGCCCCCCACGCCGCCCGAGAGCCCCCAGCUCCACGAGCAGGAGGAGCCGCGGCCCCGCGCCAGCCCGGCCCCCAGCCCCGCCGCCACCCCUCCCGAGGCCAAGCGGGCCAGGGCGGCUCCCCGGCAGGACAGGGCCCUCGGUCCGGGCAGCCGGGCCGAGGCGGGCGGGAGCCCGGCACCCUCGGAUGGCGAGGGCCGCCCGGCCUCGCGGGGCCGUGGCCGCCCCGCCGAGCAGAUGGAGAUCGGGCCUCUGCAGCGCAUGGCGCGCGAGCCCGACGUCGAGCUCUUCAAGGGCUACCACAGCUACGCCGUGCGGACGUCCCCGGUCACCCCCGCCACGGACUAUGAGGAGGAUCAGUUCCCCGAGAAUGAGCCGCCCUCCCCGGAGCCCCGGGGGGAGCCCCAGCGCCGGGGGGGAACCCCUGGCCCGCCCCAGGGCCGGCAGGAGAAGCCGCCGGUCGCAGCAGAGGCCAAGCCGGAGCCGCCUCGGCCCAAGGAGCCGCAGCAGCGCCCCAGCCCCGAGCGCAGGGCCGGGGGCCGGGCCGAGCCCAUGGCUGACAGGAAGACUGAGGCCAGGGCACUGGGCCGGACGGAGCCCAAGGCAGGGGCCAAGCGCGGCCCGGCCCAGGCAGCGGCAGUGGUGGCAGCACAGAAGGCGGAGGAGUGUGAAGAGGUGAUGGAAGAAGUAGGAAUAGGGCAGGAUAAACAUUCCACUAGUUUGAAAUUGAGGCUGGUUGUUAAGUGCCAGAUUUCAGUGCAUUGGGAGGGGGUGAUUGUGGUAUUUUUGAAUAGCAGAAUCAAGCUGUGUCUGUCUCCUUCCCUGGAGCUGUGGUGUGUAAUACUCUCUUCUGGGUUUUUCCUUCAGGGACCUAACACAAUUGUGAUCUGCAUGGUCAUCUUACUGAACAUUGGUCUGGCCAUCCUAUUUGUACAUUUUUUGACAUGAUGAGCCUCUUGAACAAGGCGUUGCUGCUGGUGGAGACCUCAGACCUUGGCGGGGAUUAAAGCUCAGCCACCUGGAAACACCUAAGAGGAGGACUUGAGAUCCCAAGGUUGCACUGCAAACAUCAGCCUUAAACGAGUGUCUGAAGAUCAGUUUCCUGCUCCCGGGCUGUGGCUGGCCUCUGCAAUCUACCAAGGAAAAGCCAGGGUUUCUGCACUGUGGUCUCCUCUUCUUUGUAUAAAAUAGCAGUUGCCUUAAAUUAUUCUCACCAAAGCCAUCAACUGUCCUGCCAUACCAGGGAUGAGGGAUUUAUCUGUAGCUGUAGGAAAAUGAGUGAGAAGGUCUCAUGUGUGCACACUGAUGUGUUUUGUAACUCCCUUGGUUGACUGGGUGUCAGAGAUUUUCCAAAGAUUGUCAUCCAUGGCAUGGAGAUGAAGCAAUACAGAACCAGAAUGACUCAUGAGAGCUGUGCCAUGGCUUGGGGUGGACGACGCUGCUCUCCGUGCCUGGAAGUCAUCCAAAGGGAUGAACAAAAAGUCUUUCCUUUCCUCUGUCACCUGGCAUCAUUUUCCAUGUAUGGAGGACUGAGAGGGGGAGCAAGUUGAAAUUGGGCUUGUUGAAGUGUGACCCGAGUCCUGCCCACGGCGGCCAAUGCACCACGGAUGGGGCCGCGGGGUGGGGUGUGAGGGACUGGUGGAUCCAAGGCUGCUGGUGUCUGUGAGGGUGCUCUGGGUGGAGAUGGGGCCUCUUUUGGGACCAGGCACCAUCCAAGCACUCUCCUGCCACCAGCAGUGCUCUGCACAGAAGCGUCUUGCAGUGGGUGGCUUCCCGCUGUACCGGGAAAGGCAAUAGGUGUGCUGAAUUUGUCCCUUUACCCCUUCUUUUCUAUGAAAAUGUUGUGAGUUACAGUGAAAAGGAGGUUCUUGCUGAAAUUGCUCCGUACACCUGCAGGUUCCUCCCCUUGGCAUGCUGGGCUGCAGGAGGGUCCUGGCCUCUCAUUGCACCCAAUGAUUAGACUUUCCAGCCAGAGGAUGCAGGGUGGCUAUCGUGGGAGAGGUUAUUCCUGAAAGAAGUGCAGAGAUGUGAGUGACUGCAGUGUAUUUGGGUGUUGGGCUCAGAAACAUGCAGCAGCCAGGCUUUCAGCAGUGGCAGAGUACAGUGGGGCAGUUGUAGCUGUUGCUUGUGUGGUCGAGGCUGAGAGGCCUGGGCAAUUUGCACCCAUUUUCCCAAAGCUGCCACAGGGAGUGACCUUUGGAAGGAGAUUUUUCCAUCAUGAUCUGCUCUGAUCCUUAGCAGUGCGAGCUUAGAAAGUCAGCACAGAUGAAGUUACAGUUCAGUGUGAGGCUGAGUGCUUGGACAUUUCUUCUUUUAAGAGCAAUGUGUAUUUUCUAUCCCUCUUUAAGAUAAUCAGAGAUGUUAUUUAUAGUUGGUUGUGCACCUCUGUGUAUCCUGAAGUCCCACAGCACAGGACUGGGUAGGAAAACCUUGUUGGACUGGAAAGAAUGGGGAAAUGAUAGUUAAGGAAAAAACCAGAUGCCUGGUCUGCUUCAAAGGUCAGUCUGAAAGGAUUUCAGAGACGGAGUGGCAGACAUACAGGGGAUUACACUCACUGGAGACACGGGGCAAAACCUGUCUAAUUUAUCUACUCUAGUUAUGGCAUAAGAGAGUGAGAAUAAUUCAGUACUUUUCUUUUUGAACCAAGUCUAUUUUUUAACCUUAUUCAGCUCAGGAACAUUGCCACAGUAGCAAAUAUGUGGUAUUAAGUGUGGGGGAAGUGAAUGUGAUUCUUUCCUAAAAGCCAUGUGGCUGUACCAGUCCUGAGAAAGCUGUGCAGCAUCAUCUACACUUCCACAGAGCAUAGUUUAGUAGCAAUUUGCUUAUUUUCUUUUUUUUUUCUUUCCUCAAAUAUAAAUGUAUUGCAAACCCCAGGCUCUGCUGCCUUUGAUGUUUUAUCUCCAUUUGCUGGCAUUCACUUGCCAACUCUGCAGUUUCAAUAUACCAACUGCUUUUAUUCACCACCAAGACAAUUCCCACUGAGAGACCUGAGGGGCUUUUAUUUAUCACUAAGCACAAAAAUGGAUCUUUUUCAACAGUGCUAAGGUAAUUCCUUCCCCCCAUAUUUUUUAUGCAUGUGAUAUGCACUCAGUAGUGUGCUUUCCUCCUAGUAAUCUUCUGAGAAAAGUAGGUAGAUUUGCUUUUAUGUGAUGUAUAACUGUAUCCAUAUUGUGCUGAGAUAUGGAUAUAUAUACAUAGAGAGAGAGCCCCUUAGGGAUUUCAUUUUCUUAGAUGCAAAAUACCAGAUUUACCUCAAACUGCAUGCUUUCAAAACUGACUAGGAUUUUGUGUUGUACUUUUCAGGUCUUACAAAGAUGCAGAUACCUUUCACUCUUCACACAAAAAUACCUUCAUCACAGAUUUUGCAAGCUGUUUACUACAAUCUGUGUACUACUGUCCAGAGUUUUCUGUCGGUUGUUCUGCUGGAUUAUGUGCAAUAAUAAACAGUUAUCUGCUCACUCUA